UAUGGAAAACUACAAGGAUCCCGUGGUCGCGGAAGAGGACGGCUGCUAUGUUGCCAUCACACAUCAAGUUCUCAACUUGAAUGAGAUAACAGACAAAGUCCGGUCGCCAGCCGCCGGCGCCAUUGUUCUCUUUGCUGGGACAACAAGAGAUAAUUUCGAUGGCAAACCAGUCAAAGAACUCACCUACACAGCCUACAGCCAGCUUGCGCUGCGCACCAUGCUCACUAUUGCGCGCGACAUGAAGACCAAGCACGGCCUCAACGGCAUCGCCAUGGUACACCGUCUCGGUACCGUGCCCAUUGGCGAAGAAAGCAUAUUAAUUGCAGUCUCGAGUCCACAUCGGCAAGCGGCAUGGAGAGCAGGCGAAGAAGCACUUGAACUGUGUAAGGACAAAGUCGAAGUAUGGAAGCGCGAAGAGUUUGACGGUGAAGAGGGCAUCUGGCGCGCAAACCGAGACGGCCAAAAAGGAGAACGGAUACAAUAAUCCGGAGUUUUUGAACAAUACCACGCUUUACGAUCAAAACAUGAGCAUACUGCAGGCUAAAUAUUUUGUGUUUAGCUGCGAAAGAAAACGUUUUGUAUAUAUAUCAAACAAAAAAGUACGCUAUGCACAUCAUCCCCUCUAUGUAUGUAUCCCCGCCCCCGCCGCCAUGGAAAAAUUCACCUAUCCAGGUUUCAACGCCAAAUAUUCAAAAAUAAAACCAUGCUUCUAAUUAUUCCCCACGUCUGUUUCCAAUGGAUCGCGCUUGUAUCGUAUCGUCUAUUUCUCGUACACAGGUGGCGGCUCGUUCAUGUACUGGAACGGGCAUGGCGGCGGGUGGCACGAGCUUGGGCAUCGUCCAAACAUGACUGUCAAACAAAAUUCCGUUAGUACAUUUUUUCAAGAUCAUUCCAGGGCGAAAACAUACCGAUGUGGUUGGCGUAUGCUUCUGUAAAGGUCACAUCGACGCCGAGGCCUUGUACGUCAAUCUCCUCCAUCAAGGCUGAAGGGUAGACGAUGAUGCCGUAUUCCGAGUGCAGUACGCGCCAGAACUCUGAAGGCAGUCUGUUCAACUCUGUUAGUAUCUUUUAUGUUUCUGUCUCGCAGGAUUACAGCUAUACACACCUGUACUGCCCGCGCUUGAUACAGGCAUGGACAAACAGGCACAGCGUCUCGAGCACCAGCUUGCCCUCCUGGAUGGCCUUGUCUAGCUGCGCAUCCUCGAGCUCGUGCACGCGCUUAAGACGUUCUUUGGAGUAGAACAUGGCAAUCGACCAGCCCUUGGAGAUUUUGUCCAUGUUGGUCAUCUCUUCGAGAUCCUGCAUCUGUGGUCCGUCCGCCAUGGUGUCGCUUGUGGGUAUGUAAAAGGUAAUGAUGGUAUUCAAUAUGCGACAGGCUAGCAAUAAGAAAAGA